AUGCAGAAAACGAGUGAACUGAAGAUAUGCGGCCUUUCUCAAGAGGUGACUCUAGCUGUGCUGCCCAGACUCUACAUAGAAGAGCUGCUAUCCGAACUCAACAGAAGAAACAUCAAAUCCAAUAACACCAACAACAGGGAAUAUCUGGCCGACAUCCUGAAAGAUGCCAUGGUUCUUGAGUACAGAGAAUACGAAGAAGAAGAAAGAAGUCCAAGUCCAGAGGUUAUCGAUAUCACGGACUCGAAUAAGACUGACGAUAACCCGCAACUGUCACAGGGAAGCCCGCCUUCUGACAACCUGCCAACAGAUGAACCUACGUGUUCAGCAAACGGUAACGUCCCAGCCUCAAAGUCUGUGUUUAGAAUUUCCGAUUCAAACAUUGCUCUCAGAGGAGAAUACGAAACACCCUCCCUGAGCAAUAAUGAUGACGAAUCUGUCAUUGAAUGCGGUCAAGUGACGUUAGACGCAGAAGCACCAGAAAAGUACUUGGAUGGACUAUUCCCGCGAUCAGAGGGGCGAUCGACCGAACUCGAAUCUAGAUCUGUUGUUGACAUUACAGAGCAACAAGGCGACACAGACUCUAGUUUAUCGCUUGUUAGAACCCAAAGCUGGACUGAAGAAAGUGAGGUAUAUCCAGUAAUGGUUUUUCAGAGUGUGCCCCAACAGCAUGUGGCUUCAGACUAUCAAGAAGGUCCUGCAUCUACAGAAGAAAACACAUCCGUCGGCCAAAAUGGCUCCAGCGAGCGAGACCCAGAUUGCGAAGUCGUUGUGAGCGAGUCGGAACACCAGAGGAUACUGCAGGUGAUAUCUCAAGCGAAAGCUCAGGUUCAGAAUCAUCUGGCUGGAAAAGGGAGGAUUCGAAAGAAUCGAAAGAGUUUCAUAUGCACAGAGUGCGGUCGCGAAAUGUACAGCAAGUUCAACUUGCUGAGACACCAGGAAAGGAAGAAACAUACUGGCCACAGAAUAGUGGUAAACCGUGUGGUGGAGAAGGUGAAGAGAAGUUUCGUGUGUGGGGUUUGCGGAAUAAAGAUUUCCACCAAGUCCAACCUGAUGCGACACAUGAAGAAAAAGAGGCACACAAUUGGUCGAGCGGCAGAAGCGACGGCAUACCCAGAAAACGAAAUAGCGCAAGUGCAGGAGACUGGCAUUCAUCAGGUCCUUAACACAAGCAGGGACACCGUGAAUUCAAAGAGGACGAAACGUUUUGCAUGUGACGAAUGCAGUUAUCAGUCGUCUAAGAUUAACGUCCUAAGACACAAAAAAAGAAAGCAUUCAGGCCCAAUGGCGACAACAUCAACAACAGAAAGUCUGUCUCAAGAGGAUACUCCUUCUGAAAGGUUGCCAGAAAAGGAAAGUCUGUUGUCAGAGGACAGCAAUGCUCAGGCUGUAGACAAUGUGGCUAGCAAAAGGAGCAAGGAAGUCUUCACGUGCAUAGACUGUGGGUAUCAAACAUCACAAAAGGUCCAUUUCAUUCGACACAAGAAGAGGAAACCAAAUUGCCAAACUAUAACGCCAAAAAAGACACUAGUACCAGUACUAGAAAGACUAGAAAGCAAUACAGUUGGAGAAGCCAAUAGGUUGAAGAUGAAGAAAGUUUUCACAUGUGCGGAGUGUGGUUAUCGAACGCCCUCAAAGCCCAACGUACAGCGACACAUACAGAGAAGACAUACAGGCCAAACACCAACAACGAUAACAGUGACACUAGUGUCGCAAAAUGAAAGACUGAGUAAUGGAAAAGAAGUGAUGCCACCUAAAGGAAAGAAAGUCUUCCAAUCCUACAAGGUCACGAUGAGGUACCACAAACAGAUACACACCGGUGAGAGACCGUUUAUGUGCGGAACAUGCGGUUACCGGACGACUCGAAAGGCGCUGCUCGCCAAACACAUGAGAAUCCAUACCGGCGAGAAACCGUUCGCGUGCGAGCAGUGCGACUACAGAGCCAAUCAGAAAGCGCACCUCGACCGACACGUGAGAUCAAAACACACAACACCACAAUAG